AUGUUGCGGACAUCUUGCGAGAGGGCAAAGAGGACUCUUUCGUCCACGGCUCAGACAACCAUUGAGAUUGAUUCACUCUUCGAAGGGAUCGAUUUCUAUUCCACCAUCACUCGGGCUAGGUUCGAGGAACUUAAUAUAGAUUUGUUCCGAAAUUGUUUGGAUCCCGUGGAGAAGUGUUUGAGGGAUGCUAAGAUGGACCAGAGCUCCAUUCACGACGUUGUUCUUGUUGGGGGUUCAACUAGAAUCCCUAAAGUCCAACAACUCCUUCAGGACAUUUUCAACGGGAAAGAGCUUUGCAAGAGCAUCAACCAGGACGAGGCGGUCGCUUAUGGUGCAGCUGUCCAAGCUGCUAUCUUGGGUAAUGUUGAUAAUGAGAAGAAUACCACCAUUCCGACCAAGAAGGAGCAGGUUUUCUCGACCUACUCCGAUAACCAACAGGGGGUGUUGAUUCAGGUAUUUGAGGGAGAGAGGGCGAGAACCCGAGGCAAUAACUUGCUCGGUCAAUUCGAGUUUUGGCGCAUUCCUCCGGCUCCCAGGGGUGUUCCGCAGAUUACACUGUGUUUUGAUAUCGACGCCAAUGGUAUUAUGAAUGUGUCUGCUCUGGACAAGACCACCGGGAAAAAGAACAAGAUUACAAUCAGUAAUAACCAAGGAAGGUUGUCUAAGGUGGAAAUUGAGAAGAUGGUUGAAGAAGCUGCCAAGUACAAGUGGGAAGACGAAGAGCACAAGAAGAAGGUUGAGGCCAAGAAUGCUUUGGAAAACUAUGCCUACAACAUGAGAAACACCGUCAAGGAUGACAAGAUCGGUGGCAAGCUCGAUCGGGCCGACAAGAAGAAGAUUGAGGUUGCUAUUGAGUCCAGCAUCCAGUGGCUGGAAGGCAACCAACUUGCUGAAACUGAUGAGUUUGAGGAGAAAAUGAAGGAGCUGGAAAGUGUUUGCAACCCCAUCAUUGCCAACAUGUACCAAGGUGUUGGUGGUGGUUCAUCCAUGGAUGCUGACGAAGCUCCUCCUUCUUCUCGUGGUUCAGGAGCUGGUCCCAAGAUUGAGGAGGUCGACUAA